GUUUGGUGACAUUGUUGGCCUUCACAGGCAGUCACUCUUUUCGUACUCUCUCUGUGAUUUGAUCAGCCAUGCGGUCCUUCUCUACUAUUUCCGCUGCAGUGCUUUUGGUGCAGCCAUUCCUUGCUGCGGCUGAGACCAAGGUGGUAACGGGGACUACCCAGUCAUGCACAUGGACUGAUAACGCCUUGUCAAAUCCUUCAUUCGACUCCGGAGUCCUUACUCCCUGGGCUGUGUACGAUGGAUACGGCACUGCGUCGGUUGUCGCCGAUGCCUCUGGCGACGGAGGCUAUGUCGCAGCAAUGGUUCCCAGUUCAUCCUCAUACGCCGUACUAUACCAGACCUUGACCGAUCUGGUCGCCGGCGAUACAUACUCGUUGUCAUUCGACUACAAGAUCCAAUCCGCGACAAGGGCAGGAACUUGCAAUUUCUACUUUGCCAUCGACGGCAUUACCGCAACAAGCCGAAUCACGACGACGGUCAAUGGAUAUAUUCAAUACGGCACUACCGAGACCGACUGGCAGACUCUAUCCACUACCUACGUGCCCACGGGCAGCAGCCUGGAUAUGUAUAUCCAGGUAAUCUGCAGCUCCGGAAUUCGCGGCAUUGCAGCUCAGCCGACCAUCUACGUCGACAACACGCAAUUCUCCAAUCCCAACAAAGAAAUCGAGAUCUGCACGGAUGUACCCUAUACCUCCACCAUCACGCUUCUUUCCACCCCCACCGUGACACCCACGUCGACGCCUGUUGUAACUCCCUCGCAGGCCCUGACUUCCAGCGCUAGUGUGAUUGCGGCAGUAUCCUCCAGCGUCAUCGCAAGCGCGAUCUCUUCGCCCCAGCCGCCCGCUUCUUCGCAGGCAUCAUCCUCCAUAGUGUCGCCAUCAUCUAUCGUGUCGAUUCCUGCCGCAUCCACCCCUAUCGUUGCAUCGAGCCAAAUCGUCU